UUAAAUAAAUCAACUGCCUUUACGAGAAAAAGCCUACUUUUAAAAGGCGAGAACGUGAUAAUGGCAUCUGUAGAAAUGCCUGAAGCCUUGAAGCCGAUCAGCUGGCUCGCCGGCCGCUGGAAGACGGAAAGCGGCUCCGGAAAGUACCCGAACAUCCCGGAGUUUCAUUACCACGAAGUCUUGGAGUUCACCUGCAUUGGUCAACCAAUGUUGAACUUCACGUCCACGUCUCGGCACCCAGAGAAGCAGACCCCAAUGCACCAGGAGCGCGGCUUCCUCCGCAUCAAGCCCGGCUCCCACCAGCUCGCCUUCAUCGUCAGCCACAACUUCGGACUAACAUCACUCGAGGAAGGCCAAGUCGAGCCAGAGACUCAGCAAGUUGUUUUGACUUCGACUAGUAUCUCACGGAUGUCGUUCGCGAAGCAGCCGUUUGUUAAGAGCUUGAAGCGGGUGUGGAAGCUCCUGGACGCUGGCACUCUGGAAGUGACGGUUUAUAUGGAGACGGAUGAUACGCCGCUUACCGAGCAUCUGAAGGCUGUUUAUACCAAAGAAUCUUAAUAGUGUUUAGGAAGUAAGUUCACAAAAGCAGAUGAAUAGCUCUCAAUGUAUUCACACAAACUCAUAGCCUAGGAAUCCUCUAGACCUAGAGUUUAUCCCCUUACCGCAUAUGAAGCUAUAUAUGGCCGAUAUGAUAUUUAACUCUAUUGACAGCUAUUAAAGUUCAAAUUUCAACAAAUAUUUUUUAUUAUAUGCAGUAAGGGGUUAGAGCAAUUAUUUCAUGCAACGGAUGAUGCCAAAAAUGCGGGGGUGCGCGGGACGACGUUAGCAAAGUCCCGUGACGUGAUUGGUCCGUUCAAAGACACGGACGUCACACAAAGACACAAUCGACUCGGAACAUGGAGUAAAAUUACCGUAUGCGUGGCAGCGCGACUAUAUGCUCAGUCUGGAGGGUGUUUUGUCUGUGCACAAACUUGCGUACCAGUGAUACACUAGGUGACUAAAUGUUGCACAACACAUGUUGUCAUGUUGCCAUCGACGGCUGAAGUGGCACAACAUUACCGAACUUCACUCAACAUGUUUGGCACCUGUGGCGUCACUGUGGCGAAGUUUCUCGUACGACUUCGCCGAACAUGACACGUGUCGUGGGACAUUUUACCCCUAGUCACUAGAGCCUAGUGUAAUGGGUAGAAGAGACUGGAUGCAGACAGUCGAAGAUGAUGAUCAAAGGUAUAGACCACAGGAGAACCAGGUAUCUUUUGAAACUAGGUAAGAGCAGUCUGAGACUACUGACAGGUAUCAUUACAGGUCACAAUACUCUCAACAGACACCUUAAGAUAAUGGAAAUUAGUAGAGACGCCUCCUGUCCACAUUGUGGUAAGGAGGAGACCAGCUUACACUUACUAGCAGAAUGUGCUAUGUACGCGGCACCGCGAUAUAACACAUUCGGUAGAGACACACUAGAAGAAAGCGAACUAAAGGACGUCGAACUCAAAGAUGUCCUUCUGUUCUGCAGGAAAACAAGAAGAUUUGAGGAGAAUAGUGUGGGAAUGCCGCCGGGACAGUAACCUGCAGCUCCAACUCCAGGGAACCGGGCUGAAUGAACGCGACAAGCGAUCGACAGCCCGCCUGCUUCCGGCCGGGCGUCCCUACACUACAUCUACAUCUACAUCCCUGCCCUCUAAUCUGAUUUUAGAUCUGAUGAAGUGAUGAUCCUUUGAUCAAAACAUAAACUCCUUGCACUAUAUUAGGUUUCAAAUUAUUGUAGCACUCUCAGUAUUCUGGGUAUCGUCUUGGGUCAUCCCAUUCGUUUUUCGUCAAGUUCUUAAAUUAGUCCUAUUCUGCUUUCUUCACUCAUUCUACAUUCGUCACAAUCGUGGCUUUCAAUGUAGAAUGCGUGACGAAAGCAGAAAAGAACUAAUUUAAGAACUUGAAGAAAACCGAAUGGGACGACCAGACGAUACCGUAUUCUGGAAGGACUUGACCUCUGAAUAAAUGAAAGACGUAUCUGUUUA